GGAGGCGGCGGCGGCAGCGGCGGCAGGAGCGGCUCCGCGAGGGGACGAGACACCGCGGGCCCAGCCCAGGAGGAGGCGGCAGCGGGGAGGGGAUCAGCCCGGCCCAGGAGGAGGAGGAAGAGGAGGAGGAGGAGGAGGCGGCGGCGGCGGCCCAGGAGGAGGAGAUGGCAGCCGGGGCGGUGGCAGCGGCAGCAACAAUCACCACAAACUCCGGCGACCGCCGGAAGAUGGGGCCCACGGCGGCCUCACCGAAGCCCGGAAAGCCCUGGCCCCGGACCCCGGACCCGCCGCCGCUCCCAGCCGGGGCUGGUUCCGCCGAGCCGCCCCCACGGCCCCCUCCCCUCCCCGUUGGCCUCCCCGAGCCACUGCCGGUGA